AGAAACACACUUAGCUAGCAACUCAGCAAGUUAAGAAGAGUAGAAGACAUAAACCUUGACAUUUUACAAAACACCAAGACAUUAAAGUUUUUUCUUGUUUUUGUUGCAGGUUGAUUGUUGCAUAGAAAGACAAAAGAAAAAGAAAAAUGAGCGAUAAUUUGAGGUCAAAAUUUCUUGAUGUUUAUCAAAUCCUUAAAUCUGAACUCAUGAAUGACCCUGCUUUUGAUGGGAUUGACAUUUCUCGAAAAUGGGUUGACCAUGCUUUCAAUGAUUUCUACUUAGUUUUCUUGAUGCAGGAGCAGGACAACCCAGGAGAGAAGCUAAGCCGAGGGAUUUCUGUUCUUGACAGCUACAAGCUCUUGAAAGAUGGAAAAGAACUGACUGAUGAUGAAAUCUUUCUUGCUUCUGCACUUGGGUGGUGUAUCGAAUGGCUUCAUUCAUAUUUCCUUUUUCUUGGUGAAAUUUUGGAAAAGCGUCAUACAAUCAGAGAUCGGCCUCUCUGGUUCAAAGAUCCAAAGAUUCGCAUGAUGGGUACUAACGGUGGUAUAAUACUUCGACAUCAAAUUCAAAGAGUUCUCAAGAAGCAUUUCAGAAAUAAGAAGUAUUAUGUGGAACUGUUGGAUUUGUUUAAUGAGGUGGAGUUUCAGACUGCAUAUGGACAACUGAACGAUCUGCUUACUACUUUAGAAGAAGAAAAAGACCUUUCAAAAUAUUCAUUGGAUCUUCACUGUCGCAUUGUUCAGUACAAAACUGCUAGCUACUCAUUCUAUCCGUCUGUUGCAUGUGCUUUACUUAUGUCUGAAGAAAAUCUUGAAGAUCAUCUUGAUGCCAAAAGCAUUCUAAUUGAUAUAGGAAAUUAUUUCCAGAUUCAGGUUGACUAUCUUAAUUGUUUUGGAGACCCUGAAAAUGGCAAGACUGGAACUGAUAUUGAAGAAUUUAAGUGUUCGUGGUUGGUUGUGAAAGCUCUAGAACUCUGUAAUGAUGAACAGAAAAAAGUCUUACAUGAAAACUAUGGCAAACAAGACCCUGCCUGUGUGGCAAGAGUUAAAGAACUCUACAAUGAGCUCAAUCUUCAGGGUGCAUUUGUCGAGUAUGAGAUACAGAGCUAUGUGCGGUUGACCACAUCCAUUGAUGCAUAUCCUAGCGCGGCAGUGCAAGCAAUUCUGAAGUCAUUCUUGGCCAAAGUAUACAAGAGGGCAUAACUAAAGAUUCAGAUUCAGAAGAAAAGAGUACCUCGUAAUCUUCGUGAAACUGUGUUGACUGUUCCAAAUUGUAAAGCUGAUCUUCAUCCUCAAACCACUCAGAAUCCAUUCCCCUAAUGUGAUGUGUAUGCUGUGAUGACAGAAGAAACGGUGUUAAGUGCUAUGUGUGCUGUGUGCUUCCAAGUGCAGUGGACUACCUCGGGAAAAAAAAAGAAAAAAAAAAGUUGGUUAAAGCAUUCAAUGUAGUGGACUGAGUAACUCACUCCUUUUCUAGUGUAGUUGAAGUACUUGGGUAGUCUUAAUUUAGAAUCACCAAUGUUGGCGGUUUUUUUUGAAAUUCUGAAAUUUUGGUGUUUGGUUAUUUAAAAAAAUUUCAUUGUUGAAAAUUUUGGUGGGGAUAGUUAAACUGAAUUUUGUUUGGUAAAUGUAAAACUUUCCCACUUUUCACUGUUUGUGAGUGGAGUGCAGGUAGUAAAAAGCAUCCCUUUUUGUGUAAUACAUUGCCAAACAUCACCACAGCUGGCAGCAUGUGCUUUAUGUGGUGGGUCUCAUUUUUUUCUAAUACAAGGACAAUAUUGUAAUUUUACCACUAUUAAAUUUUGCCGUCAA